AUGGAAGGCGGAGGCAGCGGCAGGGCGUGCCCCAAUGCUCCGAAGAGCGGCGCGCCGGAGAUGCCAGCAAAGCAGGGCCACCCGGCGGGGCCGUUGGGCCUGGAAGGAGGCGCAGGACGCACGGAUAAGGAGGAUGACGGGGCCACGGGAGUGGCCAAGCUGGAAGUGGCAGCCGGCGAUGCCACCCACCCCGCACCCACAGGAGCCGAAGGAGGGAGAUCCGAAGGAGGAGCCAUGGACGCGAGGUCCAUGGGUGUGGCCAGCCCCAACGGAGAGGCCGAGGCUGGAGAGGCAGGUUUCCUGCCCGGAGAGGAGGCCUCCUAG